CAGAUAUCCUGAUAUCCAGCUAUUCAACAACACUGCCAUAUCAUGACCAGAUCUCAAGAAUUCGAAUUAAGCCACCAUAUCUCCAGACGCGCUGCCAACAGGCAGAUCCGCCCGUUUAUGAAGCUGUACCCGAUGCCAGCUGACAUGGUUCCACACCCAAAACCGCUCUCUUUGGGCGGUGGAUUGCCAAACCACGGUUUCUUCCCGAUCGAUUCCCUCGACAUCAAAUUGGUGUCACAGCCAGUGUUUAAUUUGCAAGGAAAUCAGUCCCAGAAGACGGCUGCGACUGAAAAGUUUUCCAUCAACCGCUUCGACGAAGCGGGGGUCGGUGCUUUAGAUUUGAGGAGCGCCUUACAGUACGAAUUUCCGGGCGAUGGGCACAUGGAGUUGCGUGCCUUUACGCGCAAUUUGAUCUCCAGGGUCCACAAGCCCGCAUUCGAAAACUGGGACUGUAUCUUGACCAACGGUUCCGGUAACGGGUUAGACAAGAUCGCUGACUUGUUGGUUAACGAGGGUGACGUGAUCUUGGUGGAGGAGUUCACUUUUCCUUUGACAUUGCAGAACAUUGUGGAGAGAGGUGGGAUUCCGUUUCCAGUAAAGUUGGAUUUGUCCUCUUCCGAAACCAGCAACGGCCUUGACUUGGGGUACUUGACAGACCUUUUGCAAAAUUGGGAAGCUCAACAACCAAGUUUGCGCAGACCAAAGGCCAUCUACACGAUUCCAACCGGCCAAAAUCCAACGGGGUUGGCUCAGUCCUUGGAAUUCAGAAGGGAGGUGUAUGACUUGUGCACCAAGCACGAUUUGAUCAUCAUCGAAGACGAUCCUUACGGAUACUUGACCCUACCUUCCUACGAAAGAGACCAAACACACCGGCGUGAGGCAUCACCUAGGAUUGAUGUAGCUGAGGUGGAUAACUACUUACAAGCUGGCAUUAUCCCAUCGUACCUUACCCUCGAUACCGCAGGCCGGGUAGUCAGAUGCGACUCCUUCUCCAAGCUUUACUCCCCAGGCCUCCGUCUUGGGUUUAUCGUGGCGCACGCGGAAUUCAUUACCAAGCUCAGCAAGUUCAGUGAAAUUUCCACCAGGGGCUACUCUGGAUUAUCACAGGCCGUAUUGCUUAACUCUAUCAAACAUUGGGGUACUCGUUUUUCCGGCACAUUAUCGCAAACGGACUGCGACGUCUACGGUUGGCUUUCCUGGGUGAUGAAAGUCAGAAAUGUGUAUAUUCACCGCCGUGAUGUGAUGUUGGACGCUUUAUAUGGCUCCGAAGCCUUCUCUAGAAGCCUCAUCCAGCCGUUGGAGCCAAAGGCAGGCAUGUUUGUAAGUGUUAAGGUGAACUUUACCGAAGCUAACGGCCCAAGGGGCCACCACGAGUCUGUGGCUAAGUUGAUGGUAGAGUUUGUCAGGUACGGUAUUCUUGUGGUUUCCGGUUCUGAUUUGUGCGUUGAUGACGAAAUUUCCAAGGAUAACGCCAACUUUUUUAGAUUGACCUUGGCGUCUUCCAACUGCGAUGAAGAAAUAGUCGAAUCAAUCAACCGGUUUACCCACUCUAUCUCACAGUACUUUAAGUAGUGUGGUUGUUAUGGUGCAACAGGAUAGCAUAACUCUCGGUCUGUAUCUAAGAAUUAUAACAAGCAAUUUAU